GCGUCUUUGUUGGCUGAAGCUACCGAAUUAAACUUAAUCAUGGUGUUCAAGUUAGGACUUGUUAUAAUGGUUACCUUCGCAAGUUGCUUAGCGGACGAGGGAUAUUCGUAUGAGCGUCCCGACAAGUCUUUCGAUCGGGAAGAUAAUUACAAACCGCGCGAUCAAUCGAACGACGACGGGAUCCUCGGUGCGGCUGGGAAAGAUUAUCCGAUUUUCAACAAAGUUCCGUGGACGCAAUUCGCGUGCGAAUGGAGAUAUCCGGGCUAUUACGCCGACCCUGAGGCCAACUGCCAAGUGUUUCACAUCUGCCAACGCGGCGGGCAAAAGGACUCGUUCCUUUGUCCGAACGGCACGUUAUUCAAUCAGGAGACUCUGGUCUGCAUGUGGUGGUACACCGUGGAUUGCUCCCGCGCGCAAAGUUUCUACUCCAUUAACGAGGCGGUUGCAAAAGCAAUGGAGGAAGCUGAUAGCCGCAUCAGAACGCAGAAGCUACUCUGGAAUAAUCAACGCGACUAUGACGAGAAUACAUCUGGGAAUAUGAAUUGGCAGGAUAUACUACGAGAACCGAAGAAAGACAACACUCUAAUUCGUCAUAAUCAAGAUUUGGAUGACUACAAGCAACUUCCCGGUGAAACACUUGCGCAUUCUAAAUUUUCCGCUAAAACCUUGCCGAACGACAAUAUUCGUUAUGAGAAUAGACCGUGGAAUAAGAAUUGGGAGGAUAUACUACAAACACCGAACAAAGACAGCACUCUAAUUCGUCAUAAUCAAGAUUUAGAUGACGCCAAGCAACGUCCCGGUGAAACACUUGCGCAUUCUAAAUUUUUCGCUAAAACCUUGCCGAACGACAAUAUUCGUUACGAGAAUAGACCGUGGAAUAAGAAUUGGGAGGAUAUACUACAAACACCAAACAAAGACAGCACUCUAAUUCGUCAUAAUCAAGAUUUAGAUGACUCCAAGCAACGUCCCGGUGAAACACUUGCGCAUUCUAAAUUUUCCGCUAAAACCUUGCCGUACGACAAUAUUCGUUACGAGAAUAGAUUUUGGAAUAAAAAUUGGCAGAAUAUACUACGAGGAUGGAACAAAGGCAGCACUCUAAUUCGUCAUAAUCAAAAUUUGGAUGUCUCCAAGCAACGUCCCGAUGAAACACUUGCGUAUUCUAAAUUUUCCGCUAAAACCUUGCCGAACAACAACGCUCGUUACAAUUCCUAUAAUUCAUCGAAAUCGAAUAACAAAAUUGAUGCAGCAACUGAGAAACAAGCGACUUUGCAGCGUCCACGAGCGUUUUAUCUGCCUAUGUGAUUCGCAACUAAUCGAUCAGCGUUACGCACACAUCAUACAUAAUAUUUUAAACAUUUUAUGUAGAAUAUCUCGAUCGCAUGAAUUAUAACAGCUUUAUUUUUUUUUAAGUGUAGCAGAAAGUACAAUUGUGUGGGAAAUUACGUUUUAACACUUGAAGAGAUUAUUAUAAAGUUUAAGAAACGAGAGAAAAGGGAGUAACGGACUAAAUAAUGAAACUGCACAACCACAAAACUUCAGCAGAAUCGUUUAAGGUUUCCUUAGCAUUCUGUUGGCCCAGUUAACAGACUUUAGAAUCGUGCCUCACCAAGUCAUGCUCUUUUCAUGUAAUCAUUCGUACGUCGUAUAAAAUGUAAUUGCUUAAAGUAAUUGCGACUGACUGGUUGAGCAUAAAAUUUGCAAAGGGUCUAAAUUGUACACGUUGUUUAAAAUAAACUGUUCUAUGUGCAAAUA